AUUCCAGGAAUUUUUUGUUGACUUGUGUGAUUCACAAUUUCCAGAUGGAACCCAAUCCAAAAAAACUGAAAUCACUCUGUGAGGCAGUCACAACACAAAGACAAGGAAAAUCACAUCAUAUGCAUUCAACCCCAACAGACAUUAAAAACACUGUCGUGGGACAGCGGCAGAAGAAUGACUCAAGUGAUCAUGAUUUCCCUGACCACUGCUCUGAAAUUAUUGAUCUGACCAGUAUAGUUCCUUAUAAAUCCUUCAAACUAGAGUCCCGGGACAAACUUCCAGAAGAUUUGGAAUUUCGUUUUCCAGACAUAGACGAAGCGGAUACGGUUCUAUGGAAUCCUGAAGAGGAUCUUGUCAGAGCAGAUGGUGAUGACACAGUUGUGAUAACCCUGAAUUGUGUCAACAGUGACGAUCUCACACAGAAUGCCGACACAAAUGGAUUACCUAUGGAUGGUUUCCUGCUCCCAUUGUCUUCAGCUAAUGGCUUGCCCACAUCCCAUAUGCAGUCAAUACAGGGGGAAGCAACCCAGAUUGCACAGGACCAUGGACUGAAUUUCAUCGCACAAGGUUUGCCUUUAGAUUCAAGCAGCCAACUUUCCCCAUCAAAUUCAGGAGACCCACAGAGCCCCCUACAUGUAUCAGUCCGCAGGAUAAAAGUUGUUGAUGAUCUUUUGGCUGUAUUUAUGGACAGUAGCAUUAUGAAUGAGACUUUAAAGAUGAACUUUGUAAAUGAAAAUGCUGUUGAUGAUGCUGGGGUGUCAAGGGAGGUUUACACUGCAUUUUGGGAGCAAUUUUUGGAACAGUGUGAAGGUGAAACUGAACGAGUUCCAAGGCUGAGGCCAGACUUUAGUGAGGCUGAAUGGCAAGCAGUUGGGCAGAUAUGGGUGAAAGGCUUACUAGACCAUGGUGUCUUUCCAGUGAGGCUGUCAAAGGCUUUCAUUUUAGCCUGCAUCCACGGAAUGGACUCAGUUGAUGUCGACAUUCUGAUUGCAUCGUUUCUCAACUAUCUCCCUCCUGUUGAGAGAUCUGCUGUCAACAAGGCUCUCCAAGGCACAAUGGAUGAAAAUGAUGAAGAGGACCUGCUUGAUCUUUUUACAAGGAUGGGUUCCCACUUCCUACCACCUAAGAACAACAUGCAGCCUGCCAUUGAAACAAUGGCUCAUAAGGCCAUUCUCCAAGAGCCAAAGUAUAUAAUGGAUUGCUUCUCCACACCCAUGGCGGCACGUCUGCAGCUGAAACUGUCAGGCAAGGAAAGUGUGUUGUCUCUGUAUGAGACAAAGAAGGCCACAGGCAAAAGACUAGUGCAGCUGUUUGAAACAACAAAAUUGAUGCUGUCUCACGGAGAACAGACAACCUUUAACCAUCUUCAGCGUUAUGUUAAAAACGCUGAUGAAACCAAAGCUGAGAAAAUCCUGCGCUUCUGCACAGGAUCUUCUGUGAUAUGUGUUGACAAAAUUUUGGUGUGCUUUAAUGCUGAAACUGGGCUCAACAGAAGGCCUGUUGCUCACACCUGUGGAGCUACCCUUGAAGUGCCAUGCACUUACAGUUCUUAUCCUGAAUUUCGCACCGAGUUCGACAAUAUCCUUUUCAGCAAUUACUUUGAAAUGGACAUCAUUUGAAUCUGAUGAGUGUACUAAUGGUUACAGCUGUAAUUGUUAUAUGUAUGAUUAUCCUUGAGUUCAUGAAUUCUGUCUUUUCUCAUUUGUCAUUGAAGCAUUUGAUAUAUUCAGCCGUAUAGUAAGCUGUCACACGUUUAACUUUCUGAUGGCUUAGUUGUAUGUUAGCUCCGAUUUCACAAGGACUCUUUAUUGUUUAAAAUUCUUUGAAAAUGACUGGAUCUUUAACUUCUGUUGAAAACAAGGUUUGAGUUUAUUGUUAGAGGGACAGAUCACAUCAAAAUGUGCUGUACACAUUAUCAUUGUUUUCAUUUACUCCUGCCAUCAGCCAGAAUAAAGGCUCGCUUUUGUUUUAAGUUCAGUGUCCUCUCUCUCUCUCAUU